AUGUCUUCAACAGAGGGUUUACGAAAGUCACUAGAUAUGGACACUGUUUCCCAGAACUCGCAAAAUGCACAUUCAGAGAUUAAAAAAUCGGGUGAGAACGUCGAAAAGAAUAAAAACAAAGGCUCAGGAGAGUCGCAGAGUACUUGCUAUUGUGGCAAGGAUAGAAAUUUAAAUAUAGUAGAAUUGCUCUGCGCUUCAUGCAACAGAUGGUUUCAUGAGUCCUGCAUUGGUUACCAACUCGGAAAGUUAGUUCCAUUUAUGACUAACUAUCUUUUCAUCUGCAAAAACUGCUCACCAACUGGACUUGAGACUUUUAAAAAGAAUCAAGCUCCUUUCCCACAAAUGUGUGUCACAGCUAUAGCUAAUCUGAAGCAGGAGAGCACUAAGGAAGGCAGUAACAAAACAAUGUUCAGUAAAGACAGGGAAAUAAUACCAUACAUUGAUCAGUAUUGGGAAGCAAUGACCACUAUGCCAAGGAGGGUGACACAGUCGUGGUACGCGACGGUGCAACGGGCGUUGAUCAAAGACAUCCAAGUCCUAUUUACGUACGAAGAGGACCCCAUACAGGGGGCUAUGUUCGGGCUCUUUAAUAUGGAGCUCACUUCCAUUAAGCCCAACUACGAGGCAAUGAUUAAACAGGGACAGCUGAAAGUUACCGAUAUGGGAAUUGCUACCGUUCCACUUGCCGGUAACGUAAAAGGACGACAGGGUAAGCGACGGCCGGCUGUAGGACUUGAGGCCGGGGCACCGGUCGGUAAGAAGGGGCGUGGCAGUGACCUGAAUGCCCUCAAACUGCCGUCGCAUGGCUACCCUACUGAGCACCCUUUCAACAAGGACGGCUAUAGGUACAUCCUUGCAGAGCCAGAUCCUAAUGCACCUUUUAGACAGGAAUUCGACGAGAGCAACGAAUGGAGUGGUAAGCCGAUACCUGGCUGGUUGUAUCGGUCGCUUUGUCCUGGCAUCGUUCUACUAGCCCUACACGACCGAGCGCCCCAGCUUAAAAUAUCUGAAGACCGGCUCGCUGUAACAGGCGAAAAGGGAUACUGCAUGGUGCGAGCUACCCAUGGUGUUUCUCGCGGCGUGUGGUACUGGGAGGCAUGUGUGGAAGAAAUGCCGGAAGGCGCGGCCGCCCGGCUGGGCUGGGGCCGCAGGUACGCCAACCUGCAGGCGCCGCUCGGCUACGACAAGUUCGGCUACUCGUGGCGCAGCCGCAAGGGCACCAGGUUUCAUGAAUCUCGCGGGAAGCACUACAGCAAUGGCUACGGUGAGGGCGACACCCUCGGGUUUCUUAUAGUGUUGCCAGAUAGUCCCUCUACCAAGUACACUCCGAACACGUACAAGGAUAGACCUUUAGUCAAAUUCAAGAGCCACCUGUAUUACGAAGACAAGGACAAAAUCCAAGAAUCAUUGAACAACCUGAAGCCCCUGGUGGGCAGCAGGAUCUUGUUCUUCAAGAAUGGCGAAUGUCAGGGCGAGGCGUUUACCGAUAUCUACCAGGGCUGCUACUAUCCAACUGUUUCCUUGCACAAAAACAUCACCGUCAGUGUCAACUUCGGACCGAAUUUCAAGUUUUCUCCAUCGGCGGAAUAUAACUACAGACCGAUGUCUGAGAAAGCAGAAGAAGCGAUAUGUGAACAAACAAUGGCAGACCUGUUGUAUUUAACAGAAAACGAGGGAAAGCUGCGGUUGGACAACUUCAACCUCUGA